AUGCUCGGAGAAAACAACUACAACUGGUUUGCGUUUGUCGAAGAGUUGAAUAUGAUGCUUUGCAACGAUACGCGUGAACAAUUAAACCAAGCUCUAAAUGAUUUUAUUACCUUCCUUCCCUCCACUGACUUAUCUAGUGAAAAACAGAUACUAGUUGAACAAUCCUACAAAGCAUUCUUGAUAACAGACGGUAGGAGAGCCUGGGGUGAAAGCUGCAUACAGUCGGAUUCUGAGAGCGAUGAUCCAGAGAAUUGGGUAGAUGUAGGCGAAGGAUUGACCGAGAAAAUGAAAUCCCUUGUAACGAACAAGAGAAAAAAGCAAAAGAAAAGGGAUAGGAGGAGAUUUUUAAAGCUGAUGGCUGAGAAGAGUUUGCUGAAAAGGAAAGUACCGAAACGGGCUUCUUCUUCUUCUUACUUAAGCAGUUUCUCAACCUUGGAAAAGAUAUUGAUGAUUUUGUACACGAAAAUCGAAUUGGUGCCGAUGCGUGGAGGAGAACUGGCGUGGCCACGUUUGACGGUAACGUAAAGAGUGGGCCACGUGUGACUUAUCGCAAAAUUAAAGAACAUUUAGAAAGCAAAUAUCAGAGAAAGUUCAGUUACGGAGCCAUUGUUCAGCUGUCAGUUGUCCGAAAUAAGAGGCACAAAUCCUCUAAACGCUAUUGGGGUGCAGCACAAAUAACUUGCCGAAGAGCUCGAAAGGGAUUUAACAUAAAGUUGAAUCCAGAUGCACAUUGGAGUGCUGCGUUUUAUAGAGGAUUGGACAAGAUUCAGUUUGAAGAUGGUAGAGAUAAGUGUACAAUAAACCGUGACGAUGCAGCAGGGUUUAGGCUGGAUACGACCUUUACCCAUAAACAGCAUAAAUCCAUCUCAAGCAAGAGUAAUCCAGAAAUGACAACGAGGACAGACUACGUUAACAAAUAUUCAUCGGUAUUACAAGUUACAUCAUAUCUCAUUCCAGCUACGAAAACGACUCCUCAACACUCUGCGGGUCUGGUAAAAGCACAUAUUUUAUACCCCAAGGAUCCUUCACAGCAUGCAGCAGAUCUUGUUAUGCUGGAGAAUGACCCAGAUUACAAGUCGUGUUUAAAGAACAAACCAAUAGAUUGCAUAAGAGUGGAUGGUGCAGGGGACGAAGGUCCAAUACACGCGGAGGUACAGUUUUUAUGGACAGAGAGACAUCUAGAACAAGAAAAAGUUUGCACCUUGGUUACCACUCGUUCCAGUGGAUCAUCAUACCUCAACAGGGUUGAGCUCCAAAAUGGAUGUUUAGCUGUAGCACACUCAAACAUCUUCAUUCCAUCGACAAUUCACGGGUCAAAUUUUGCACGAAGUGGCUCAAUUGAUUAUGACAGACUUGAACAAAAUCUUGAAAGUGCUACCGAUGUCUACAUGAGUAAAUGCAAUAAUGCUGCUUUUGGAGAAUCAUCUAUAAGACUGUUGAACGGCAGUAGAAAUGAUCUUGCAAAAAAUUACCAGAACAGACGGCCUCAUCUCAUCACAUUCCUUUCUGGUACGAAAAAGAAAAAAAAGGAAUUAAUGAAAGAAAACCCAACUCUUUUUGAAUAUUUCACCAAAAUUUGGAAACUACGAGAUAGCCAUAUGGUGAAAGGCCUCCCAAGUUAUUAUAUUUUCCAACUUCUUCCAUGCUACGAGAAGGAAUGCGUACACCCAGUCUGCAAAAGGGGCAGACCCCAGGAGGAGCUUGCUUGGUCUAAAGGUAGUCCUCCCCUUUCCUAUCUUCCCAUACCAAUUCCAGACCCAAAGCGAAGUUGGGGACAACCUUGUAAGCAAUGCAAAGGUUUUUGUACUGGCCAUUAUUUGAUGCCAGAUGAUCAUCUGGAAUACGUAACAAAACAUGGAACCGACAAGUGUAUCUAUAGCCCACCAAAAGAUCAACUCCGAAAUGCGGCAAAAUCAAAGUUAGAAAAAAAUGAAGAUUGGACAGAGGACGACUAUCAAUGCAUGUGCAAAAAUGUUCUUCUUUCCACUGAUGAUGCUCAUAUUUGGACAGCACAUGUUAAACUUACAGCAGAGAGGAGAAAGGCAGGGGCAAAAAAAGCCGCUGCUACUAGAGCAAGAAAAAGAAUCGUCGACAAAGGUAAUUAUGUAUUUCAAAACCCAGUUGACCUUAAGGUGUACAUCAUAUCGUAUAGUUUGGAUUUAAUUCUGUAUUAAUAUAACCAAGUUUGAAGCCUGUAAAAAUGUUACCGAUCACAUAUUCUCCCUCGUAUUUGUGUUUAGGAGUUUAACGUCCAUAAAUACAGACAUCCAUAUUAGACAAUGUUUCAUUGCUACUAAAAUGAAACAACAUUGAAGACCGACUAUAGAACAAAUACAAUACUACAAUGUACAAAACUACCACAGCCUUUAUUUGUUUAAUUAUACCAUUAAUCAAAACUGUGCCUUCACACCACAUUUUAAUAUUAAGUGAACAAUUAUUAUUGAACAAUUUUGUAUAGUUGCAGAAGGCGAUGAUUGUGGUGGUGGUGAGCUCUGGUGUUGUUGUAGAGACACGGAACAUGGGUAUGUGGUUUCAUUAAAAUGUGCCUGUACUUCUGCAUGCUGUCAUUAAUUUCUAUAAUUUAAUAUUUCUGAUUAUUUAUUUAUUUUAGAAUGAUGCCUUUAUUAUAAUUGUGUUUUAUUUCUUUCUUUUGUAUUCAUUAGGUUUAUGAUUCAGUGUGACAUUCAAGGUCCUCAUUGCUUUAUUUGGUAUCACGGUCCAUGUGUGAAAAUCUCGAAGAAAAAGGGUCGUGAAAUGGAAGAAAAGAACAUUUUGUUUAUUUUUUAUAACUGUUCUCGACAGUAA